CAGAUCAGAUUUUCCCUCACCUCAUCUCCUGUGUUUUCGCAUACAGACACAGUCACCGACUCAGAAAGGUUCUACAAUUCUGUUUUAGAUAUUUUUGAAGACCUGGGUGAGAAGCAAGAAGUGAAUGACCUUACCAUAUGGUGGAACAGGUAA